CCCCAAGUCUGUCUCUCUGCCUAAUGCUCAGUCUAAAGUCAGCCUUGAAGAGGCAAGAACCGGGAUCAGAUAUAGCACAGGGUUUCUGCUCCGGAUAUUUACUGACUUUAUAUAUGGAACAAUUCAUCCUUCCUUCUGGGACCUGGAUAACUGGACUGUAUUUUCAAUUUUACAGGAUUUAAUUGAAGUUUGUGCAAGGAUUCAAUUCAUGCUUCAAAAAAUGUUUAAUUGUCAGCAAUACUGAUAGUUUGAAUGAAAGUUUAUCUGCUUUACACUGGAGGGGUCUUUUUCCAGUAAAGAUCAUUUACAGAUGUCAAUUCUGAAGUUUUAUCCUCCAAGAUUUGACUAAAAAAUCUUAAAUUUGGCUAAUAUUUAGAGGUCAAAAAACACAUUGUUAGAAUAUUUAUUUUGAGUAACAACAACAUUUUAUGUCAGGUUGCAUCCCACCUUAUGUCAUUAUUGACAAUGCUAAUUAUCAAAAGGAGAAGUAGCAGCAGCAUGGCUCUCUUGUGCAUCGUGUGGCUGCUGACAGUUUAUUUGGCUCCUGGGAGCCACAGCCAGAGAAUGGGGGAGCCUGACGAGGAUCUGACAGCAGCUGGAGCUAAGCUGGGUGAAAGGGACGCCAUCUGCAACCAGAACGGGUGCUACGCUGUCUUCUUCCAGAAGAGGAACUUCAGGGAAGCUAGGCAGGCCUGCCUGGAUCAAAGUGGGACCCUGGUGACGAUGCACACUCACGAAGAGGCGGGUGUGGUCCAUAACCUGCUGUCAUCAACCGGGGUGCAUGGCUCCAGGGCAAGGCUUCGCCUCUGGAUCGGACUGCACCGACCUCCACGCCAGUGUUCAGCCACAAAACCACUGAGAGGAUUCGUCUGGGUCACAGGAAACCAGGAUGCCCAGUUUACCAAUUGGAUUCGUAAAGAAAUGCCCAGCACCUGUGCCCUCCCCCGCUGUGUAGCCAUGACAAUGCAUACGUCUGACAGCGGAGAGAGCGGCGAUAAUUUCCGUUGGGCUGAGGGUCCCUGUCCUAUGAAACUCGAUGGAUUUAUUUGCCAGUACACCUACAGGGGCAUGUGUUCCCCCUUGGAGGAUGAGGGUAGGGGUCCUGCCGUUUAUGAAACCCCAUUUCAUUUCAAAAGCACCCAGCUAACCCAUGUGCCCUAUGGGUCUGUAGCUCACCUGCCAUGUCCUACGGACAGCUCAAACCCAGCUGCACCUUCCAGGGAAUCAGUGCUGUGUAUUAAGAGGGAUGACGGCACAGUGGGCUGGCCCAAAGAUCCCCCUCUUUGUUCAUCCAGUAUAACUACACGGGAUCAGGACUGGUGUAGUGGUGAGCAUAAUUGUGAGCAGCACUGCCAGAAUACAGACGAUGACUACUCCUGUUACUGCUCUGAAGGCUACAUAUUGGAUGAGGAUGGCUACAGCUGCAAGCUGGACCCUCUGAGCCAAACUGACCCACCCAAGCUGUCAGAUUCUGCUUUUGCCCCAGACCAGCCCCUUGUCAAUCGGAUGUGUAUGGAUAUGGGUUGCGAGUAUGACUGCUCAAUAACACCUCGGAGCAUCCGCUGCACUUGCCCCCCAGGCUACCAAAUAGGUCCAGAUGGACGCAAGUGUUUGGAUGUGGAUGAAUGCCAACAACAGCCAUGUCCACAAUUCUGUAUCAACACUCCAGGCACAUUUCUCUGCAUCUGCUACCCAGGGUACCAGCCAGACAGUACAGACGAAUGUGCAGACAUCGACGAGUGCCUUGAUGAAGGCACCUGUGAGGGCUCCUGUGAAAACACUGAGGGGUCCUUCACCUGUCUGUGUGACCAUGGCUACAUGUCAAAUAGCGACGGAGACUGUAUAGAUUUGGAUGAGUGUGAGGAGUAUUCACCCUGUCACCAGCAGUGCCUUAACUUUGCUGGAGGGUACCAGUGCAACUGUGACAGUGGCUUUGAACUGAAGGAAGACGGACUUACCUGCCAACCUUCAAAAUAUGAUGAAGAAUAUUCCACUCUGACCUCUGACCCCAGUAAUUAUGAUGAUCAGGAUAUUCCCUGGUCCACUCGUGAUCCUUAUGUAAAAGCUGAUGGAAACUUUAGUGUCAAUUGGCUGACAGACGCCCCUCAAGGACUCACCCCUGAUAUGGCUCAUCAGUCAGAUAACCACCUAAACCAAUGGGAUCAUCUAUCACCAAGGCAAUAUCAGACAGUUCCAUCCCCAACCCAAAAAAUGAGAACAGGCAACAACAUUGAAGAUAACGCUCCCACAGGAGGUAGCAACCCCAACAAUCGGAUGGUACUUGAAAUGGCAAAUAAGUCAUCCAGUGAGACUGAGGAGGCUAAGAAGCCUAAAAUGGACAGUACAAGUGAAACCAACACUACAUCAGAGAUUAAAGAUGGAUCUGUUGAUGGGAAACGCAAGCAUGACAAGAGCUGGCUGCUUGUGGCUCUGCUGGUUCCUCUGUGUGUGUUCCUGGUAGUGAUGCUGGCGUUGGGAAUUGUCUAUUGCACUAGCUGUGCAGUAGACAAGAGCCUCAGCUUUGCGGACUGCUAUCACUGGGUGCUCCCUGCAACACCCCCAGACAGGAGGGAAGGCAAAACCCAUGCAUGAACUUUAUCAUUAAGAAUACAACAAAAGUUAUUUCUUUACAUGUUUGAUAACAUUAUUCUGGUUUUUUUUUUUGACAAAAUUGCUCACUAAAUGUACAAUUUAGAUUUAAUACCAAGGACAGACUCGAAACAUUUCUGUUGCACAGCCUUUGUAAAUAGUUGACUGUCAUUUUACAAAUUCAAUAAAAACAAACAAACUGAA